CGGCCGUGCCCCGCGUCGCGCUCCCCCGGGAUGGCCCGCGCGCCUUGGCGCUGCGUCUCGGAGCUCACGGCGGAGCGGCGGCGGCCGCGCUCGGGGGCGCGCGGCGGCUGCGGCGGCGGCGGCGCCGCGCUUGAGAGGCCGCCUCGGGCCGAGCAGGCGCGGCGAGCGGCCGGGCGAGUGCCGCCAACAUGUCGGAUACGAAGGUAAAAGUUGCUGUCCGGGUCCGGCCCAUGAACCGACGAGAAUUGGAACUGAACACCAAGUGCGUGGUGGAGAUGGAAGGGAAUCAAACGGUCUUGCACCCUCCUCCUUCCAACACCAAGCAGGGAGAAAGGAAACCUCCCAAGGUAUUUGCUUUUGAUUAUUGCUUUUGGUCCAUGGAUGAAUCUAACACUACAAAAUAUGCUGGUCAAGAAGUGGUUUUCAAGUGUCUUGGGGAAGGAAUUCUUGAAAAAGCAUUUCAGGGGUAUAAUGCUUGUAUUUUUGCAUAUGGACAGACAGGUUCAGGAAAGUCCUUCUCCAUGAUGGGUCAUGCUGAGCAACUAGGCCUUAUUCCAAGGCUCUGCUGUGCUUUAUUUAAAAGCAUCUCUAUGGAGCAAAAUGAGUCACAGACCUUUAAAGUCGAAGUAUCCUAUAUGGAAAUUUAUAAUGAGAAGGUUCGGGAUCUUUUAGACCCCAAAGGAAGCAGGCAGUCUCUUAAAGUUCGAGAGCAUAAAGUAUUGGGCCCAUAUGUGGAUGGUUUAUCUCAGCUGGCUGUCACUAAUUUUGAGGAUAUUGAGUCACUGAUGUCUGAGGGAAAUAAGUCUCGAACGGUAGCUGCAACCAACAUGAAUGAAGAAAGUAGCCGCUCCCAUGCUGUGUUCAACAUCAUAAUCACACAGACACUUUAUGACCUGCAGUCUGGGAAUUCUGGAGAGAAAGUCAGUAAGGUCAGCCUGGUGGACCUUGCGGGGAGUGAGAGAGUAUCAAAAACAGGAGCUGCAGGGGAGCGACUGAAAGAAGGCAGCAACAUUAACAAAUCACUUACAACCUUGGGGCUGGUGAUAUCGUCACUGGCUGACCAGGCAGCUGGCAAGGGUAGAAACAAAUUUGUGCCUUAUCGAGAUUCAGUCCUCACUUGGCUUCUUAAGGACAAUUUGGGGGGCAACAGCCAGACAUCAAUGAUAGCCACCAUUAGCCCAGCAGCAGACAACUAUGAGGAGACCCUCUCCACAUUGAGAUACGCAGAUCGAGCUAAGAGGAUCGUGAACCAUGCUAUCGUGAAUGAGGACCCCAACGCCAAAGUCAUCCGAGAACUGCGGGAGGAAGUGGAGAAACUGAGAGAACAGCUCUCACAGGCUGAGGCCAUGAAGGCCCCUGAACUGAAGGAGAAGCUUGAAGAAUCUGAAAAGCUGAUAAAAGAACUAACAGUUACAUGGGAAGAGAAGCUGAGGAAAACAGAAGAGAUCGCACAGGAGAGACAACGACAGCUUGAAAGCAUGGGGAUUUCCCUGGAGACAUCUGGUAUCAAGGUGGGGGAUGACAAGUGCUACUUAGUCAAUCUGAAUGCAGACCCUGCUCUCAAUGAACUUCUGGUUUAUUAUUUAAAGGAUCAUACGCGGGUGGGUGCAGAUACCUCUCAGGAUAUCCAGCUCUUUGGUAUAGGAAUUCAGCCUGAGCACUGUGAGAUUGAUAUUGCAUCUGAUGGAGAUGUCACUCUUACUCCAAAAGAAAAUGCGAGGUCCUGUGUAAAUGGCACCCUUGUGUGCAGUACCACCCAGCUAUGGCACGGUGAUAGAAUACUAUGGGGAAAUAACCACUUUUUUAGAAUUAAUUUACCUAAGAGGAAACGAAGAGAUUGGUUGAGAGACUUUGAAAAAGAAACAAGUCCGGCAGAGCAUGACAUGGAUGCAGCCAGUGAGGCUUCCUCAGAACCAGACUAUAACUAUGAAUUUGCACAAAUGGAAGUUAUCAUGAAAACGCUGAAUAGUAAUGGUGGCUUCCCCAUAGUGAGCCUGUCUGCCUGGUGGUCAUCCCCUUGGUGGUCCUAUUUGAAGAUUCUUUUCCCUCUCAUGUGGUUUCAGACGAAGCUCCUCCACAAACACUGGGACAAAG